AUGGCAAUUGCUGCCAAAAGCGUUGCCAAAAUCGCCGUUUUAUUACCAGCGGAUGAACGGCACAUGUUCUCCAUCAAACGAGUGGCACCCGGAUUGGAAGUCGCAAAAGACAGCCUUAACAAAACAGGAAUCUUGACAAGCACCGAACUCACCAUCCAGUAUGGUGAUUCCAAAUGUUCUAACGCUGAAGGGAUGAACCAAGCCGUGACGUUCUACGCAGACAAGAACGUCGACGUCUUCUUCGGACCAUGCUGCGACUACGCCGCUGCGCCCGUUGCUAGGCAGGUGGCAUACUGGAACACGCCGUUGCUAACAGCCGGUGCCAUGGCCAAGGAUUUCGGCACAAAGGCCAAGAAGGAGUUUUCAGUGUUAACCCGUGUUGGUGCUAAUUUCAAUUCUCUUGGAGAUUACUUGAUAAAGGUGUUUCACUACUUUGACUGGAGUCGUAUAAUGCUUCUGUAUAACCCUAAUGGCCGAGAAAAUGUCAUGCACCGAUUCUGCCACAUUGCUACGGAUGGUGUUCACUUUGCGCUGAGAACUUCAAAGAACUUUACCCACACGUUCCACAAGUUCCACAAGAUUGAAGAAAUCAUUGACAGUCUUCCGGAAAAGCUUGGCAGGGACUAUGGAGUGCAGAUCAACAAGAACAAUACCACCUGUGUCACACUCUUGUGCCAUACCAGAUGA